UUCAAAUGCGCGUAUCUCAGAAAUGGGUGAAGAUAUCGUUUGCUCCGUAAUAACAUUUCAGAUAGAGCAUCUCAAUUUCUAUAUUUUUCUUGAACUUUCUCUAUGGUGUAAACCUCCUAAACCGAGAGACUGUGCUCAAAUGAGCCAAAGAGGUUGAUCUCGCAUGCCAGCACCUUAAAGAGAGCGAACCAUCGAAAGACCUUUUGUGGCAACGCUGUGGCAAUUCCAUCAUGUAUGAGUCAGCCAAGCUUACUACCUGUGCUCAAGAAUGUUGAGUGCAUGUACAAUGGAAAUGUCACCGAAGAGUGGCGGCAACAAUCAACUGGUUCGACCUGCGCUUUACAGAUGGCACAGCCUAUAGAUCUUAAAUGUUUCUCUUUGACCUAUAAUGGGGCUUGCCUGGGUACCAUCAAGAAAAAGGUACCAACCGCUAGGGCAACCUGUUCAGUUGUUUAGUUUAGUUAAGGGUUUGCAGUUUGCACUGAAGGCAGCAGGUGGAACCGUUUUGAAUAUUCCCCUAUCUAAAGACCACAUAAUUAGUGUGAGUGUUGCGUAACAAGAAGCUUGAUAAACAAUUAGUCUUCAGGACGGCAUGAUGUCACCGAUACAGGCGGCUUCAGUACCAGCGGAACCGCCGAAGACGCAUUUUGUGCUGACGCCGACGUCCAGCGACAGCAACCAGUCCAGCAAUCACAGCAACGGCGAACAGCGCAGCCAGUGCUCAAGUCUAUCGGAUGGCGAGAACUUUGAGUGGAACGGCGAGGGCGAAGUGACCAAGGAGGCGCCGAAUGAAACCAGCUUUGGAGGAUUGAGCGAAGCCAGAAGCCCUUUGCACAUCAACCGCAACACCUGGCUCAGAACCAGCUUGAAACGAUCCACGCCCAACAAUCCCGACUCGUUGCCCAACAGACGAUGGGGCUCCUUCAGGCACAACGGCAGACGGGCGCAGAAUCUCAGCUCCAACGCCCUGGCCAGCCAGCUCUAUAGAAGUUCUAGUUUCAAUUCAUCCGGCAGGAGCAGCACGUGCGAUACCACCGAUGACAUGUAUUCGGAUGCUUCCCUCGAAGAAGACGUGCACGAUCUUCACCAUAAAUUUCAGGUGCUGCAGCAGCAAGUGGGCGUGCUUCAGGACUCGGCCAGUCAAAAGGACGAGCGCUACACGCGUGUUAAGGCGGAGAACGCGGCCCUGCAGGCGCGCGUUCUAAUGCUGGAGGAGCAGCUGCGCGACACCGAGCUGAGAUGCGACGACAAAAUCGAAGAUGAGCAACGCCGAUCCAAAGAGCUGCUGCAGCGAAUCGAGCGUGAGAAGCAGCUGCAGCUGGAGAAUGCAGCGAUUCGCCUCCAGAAUGCGGACAGCGAGUGCGACAAGCAGCGCGACGAGAUCAGCAGGCAGCGCCUCAAGCUGGACAAGCUGGAGAUGCAGCGCGAAGACCUGGCCAACCAAGUGCAGGACCUGCAGAGCGAUCUGAACGAGGCGCGUGAUGAAGCCAAAGCGUGCAAAGACAGAGAGAACAGACUGAUGAAGGAGCAGGAAUCACAACUGCAGCUCCUAAAGGAGCUUUCGAAGGAGGUCGAGCGCCUCAAGUCGGAGCAACGCACCCCCGCCCUGCCCACUACUAGUGAGACGACCUUGCGGCUGGAGGAGUUGCACGAAGAGAUGGCUCAGCUGCGCGAGGACAACUCGCAUCUGCUAGAGGCGAAUGAGGAGUUGCAGGCCAGUUUGCUGCAUGCCGGCCUGGAAACAGGCCGGAUGCUGACCAAUGGCGAGAACAGUCUGGCCCAUGAACUGGACAUCAUGUCCCAGGACGAGGUGCAAAAGGCCCUCAAAGAGCAACAGGAAGUUAACCGGCAACUGAGGGCCUACAUUGAGGGCAUUUUGCUGAACAUUGUCGAGAACCAUCCGCAGCUUCUAGAAGUGAAGCAGCAAGCGAAGAAUGGCUUGAAAAAUUAGCAACAUCCCACAAAACGGGCGGGAAAAUUUCGUUCACUUUUUUACCACAUAUGGCUAAAAAAGUGUUCAAAUGUCCAGUCGGGUAAGAGCAUACAUACAGAGUGGCCCAAAAUGAUGUGUGUUUAAGACCAAAAAGUCAAAAAAUGGUGCGUUCUGUGCAAUUUAUCCCAACCGCCCUUGAAACACUCGUUUAGCGCUUCAUGCGGUCGAUCGAAGCCGUCCCUACUGAUGAAAUGUGAUAACUCAUUUGAAUCACUGUGAUUUUUUGUGAAGAUUUGAUAUCAUGUUGCGUUUGUUUUAUCAACCUAACGGUGGCCUGAUUGAUUGAAACUGGAGAAUUUCCAAACGGCAACUGAAAAUCAACUUUUUUAGGAUUUUUCAACAGUUGCAGUUGAGUUGUGCUUCAAUUCACAGAAGAAUUGCUAUGCAUACGUGUUUUUAUUGGCGCAAUUGACUGUUGUUAUUGUUUGUGAGAGUCACUAUUGCAUGUUGCAAAGGGUCCACGUUCUAUUGAUAUUCUGUACAUACUGUUUAUACUAAGUAAUUGGAACGCGAUCUGUUUACCCGUUUAAGUUAUUAAUGAAAUAAAUAAAAACAGAUUUCUAUUUUA